GCACAAAUACACUGGUCAGCAAAUAAAGAGGAGGAACAAUGGAGGACGCUUAUUAAAGAUGUCUAGACUGCAGGAAAUAGGCAUGCGUGGAGGAUUCUUGGAACAUACAGUUUAUCAAGUUUUUCAACUCUAAAGAAGUCUUUCUGGUUCAGAGCCCUCUUCUUGUCUUCGGCUUAAAUUACGAGUUACCUUGGGAACUGCAGCUGGUAGUGAAGACUUGCUGUUGACAUGCAGAACGAGGAUAUAGAUAUACAACUUGAGGUUGUCCGUGAUGGCGGUGGAACUCCACAUCUGGCAUCAACGUCAUCGUCCGAUUCAUCAUGGGUUCAAGGUCCUCGGUUGGCAACCCCAAGUCAACCUGACACUCCACAUGAUGAAGAAUACCAGGGUGAUCAUGAAGCAGUCGAUGACACGCAACAUGGAGCAGUUGAUGAUAGAACUCAACAUCAUGCCUCGACAUCAUCCUCAGAUCCAUCAUCCCUUCAAGGUCCCCAGUUGUUAACCCCACACCAGCCUGACACUUCACAGGGAGAUCAUGAAGCAGUCGAUGACAUGCAACAGCAAGCAGGCACCAGUUCACAACAAGAGGAUGUACCCAGUAAAAGCAUCGGUCCAUAUUCCACAUCAGCUGGCAUUGACAAGACGACUCUUGAAGCGGAUCCCCAACAUGUACCUGUAGUUGGAAAGAUAAAAAAUGGAGUGAUUAUCGAACUUUACUUGUACAUGACUAUGACUCUUAAAUUAUCUCAAAGUGUAUUAGCGCGAAAUAUUGUAUUGUUAUCAGGAUGUAAGUUGUAACACAGUUAAAUAUCAAAAUGUGUCAGCUUUGAUAUCUAAACUAGUAAAGGCAUACAGGAAGGUGAAGAAGAAUUCGAAAGGAGAUAGACAGAGA